GAAAGAUUUCCCCUGACCAUCGUCCACGGAACACCAUCAGCCAAGAUGCCGCCCGGAAAGAGCAACAAGAUCCUCAAGUACAUGAACUACCGCAUGCGGGUCACCACAGAGGAUGGCCGCAUGUUGGUGGGUACCUUCAUGGCAUACGACAAGCACAUGAACAUGGUCUUGUCAGACUGCGAGGAGUUCAGAACGGUGAAGGCAAAGAAGGGUACAGAUGAGCAAACACAGAAGCGCGCAUUGGGCUUUAUCCUGCUGCGAGGCGAGAACGUCGUCUCAAUGGCAGUGGAGGGCCCUCCUCCACAGGAGGAGAAGCGCACCGUUAAGGUUGCUGCCCCAGGCCCCGGUGUUGGCCGCGCAGCUGGCCGCGGUAUUGUCACACAGAUCAACGCACCGCCUGUCGGUCUCGCUGGGCCUGCUCGCGGUGUUGGUGGUCCCGCCCCAUCAAACAUGAUGCCCCAACAAAGCGCGCCACCACCAGGUGCGCGUCCGCCCAUGCCGCCGCCGCCUGGUAUGGGUGGUCCACCCGGCAUGCGACCCAUGGGUGGUCCACCAGGCAUGCCCCGCGGACCCCCACCUCGCCCGGGCAUGGGCAUGCCCCCAGGCUUCAGGCCCGGAAUGCCCCCACCAAACAUGCCCUUCCGUCCUCCCCCAGGCUUUGGCCGUGGCAUGCCGCCCCAGUAGUCUCGUCCUGUCUGUGCCUGUUGUGUUGUGUGGCUGUGGUCGUUGAUUUCGCUGUCUCCUCUGUCUGCCUUGUUCGCGGCAGACAACCUUGGUCCCAUCUUGUGUGAAUGUUGCUGUGCAUGUGGAUCCGUUGUUACGUGUAGAUUGGCGCUGAGUGCAAAGAGGGCGAAUGUGCGCGCGCGUAUGUGUGUGUGUGCGUGCGCGCGUAUGUGUGUGUGUGUGUGUGUGUGGGUGUGUGGGUGUGUGGGUGUGUGGGUGUGCGUGUCCAUUUC